UUUGCAUGAUUGCAUCCCACUCACUCUCUGUAUUUCGUCUCUAUCUCUCUCUGUUCUCCUCUCUGUGUAAGGUUGAGUCAGUGUAACUGUUGAUUUCCAUUAACAGGGAGAAGCCCCUGUUGGGUUCGUUCCAUUGACGAAGCUCUGUAGGGAACAGUAUAACGGGCGAUUUCCAACAACAACGUAACUACAAGGCUGUGUUGGUUCCAUUGCUGAAGUGAAGCCCUUCUCUCGAACUAGAUAUGAGUAUGGCCCCAGCGGAAGUUAAAAGGGAAGGUGAUGAUUAUGACAUUCCAAAUGAAGCAGAUGACAUUCGUUUGACGAAUGAAAGUCGGGCAGAACCUGAUCAUGGUUGCGAAGCUGGUCCGAGCAAUGAAGAAGCAACCAACAUGAACGUUGAAGAUGGCGGAGCCGAUGUGAAAAAAGAAAUGGUUGACGAUGCUCAUCGCAAUGACAUGGUUGGUGAUGUUGAACGUGCCAUUCUGGAACAGAAAUUUGAUUCGGUCGAAGAUGGAGAAGAUUUCUACAAUGCGUAUGCUAAAGCCAAGGGAUUUAGUAUACGAAAAUCCAGAUUUAACACAAAUAAAGAGGGAAAGGUCGUUAGUAGGCUGUGGUUGUGUUCAAGGGAAGGUCAGAGAUUACCAAAAUACUUGGACUGUGUUGCUGAGAAGAGUAGAGCUCCCAAGGCACUAACAAGAGUAGGUUGCAAAGUCCAAUUUCGCAUACGGUACGAUGCGGAUGCUGGUGAAGGGGGAAAGUAUGUUGUGACUCACUUCAUCGUAGACCACAACCAUGAAUUGGCGGAACAACACUGUGUGAUGUAUCUGAGGUCACAUCGCAGUUUAAACAGCGCUGACAAAGCUCAAGCAAUGGCUAUGCGCAAUGUCGAUGUGAAGACUAGCCAAAUCAUGGACUAUAUGGUAAAUCAGUCCGGGUCUUAUGAGAAUGUUGGUUUCAUCCGCACGGAUCUGCACAACCAUAUUCAAGCCGAACGUAAAGCAGAAGUUGAGGAUGGUGAUGCACAGGGUGCAUUGGUUUACCUAUGCGCAAAACUUGAUGUUGAUGCACGUUUUUUUUUACAAGCACAAGUGAAGCUUUUAUGUGGUUCAAUACACGGAAAUGACCGUGCAGUUACAGAGUUGCACGAGGUAGUUGCAGAAUUGGCAGAUCAUGGGGUGUGGGAAUUUUAUAGCUAUAAAGGGCAGAAUGUUUGCAGAGAGAGAGGACAUGAACAACAACCACAACUUACUUUCUACAUUGUAACUUCUGUGCAUUCAUCGAAAGAAGUCUUCAUCCAUUUCAGGCAUUUGAACCAAUACCACAAUUGCUUGAUUUUCUUUUUGAACUUGUCAACUUUAAAUUAUUGCUUCGUUGUUGUCGAUAUAGGCCCACCAUAA